GGAGACAGAGGAGAGAGUGAGAGGGGGGGGGGCGAGGAGAGGAUAGGAGAGGAAGACAGCGUCGGCGGCGGCUCUGCAGUGGAAUACGUUGUUAUUUGAGGGAAGGUGAGAGCUCUCGGAGUACCCGAACAGCGCGUGUUGAGCAAGAUGUGUUUCAGGACUUGAUCGCAGCAUCCUAAUAUAAAGUAACUCCUGGGUUCUUCUCACUUGACAAAAAGCCUCAGUCAAAUCCCCAGACAACACAAGAAGAAAAGGGAAUAACAUCUGUUUAUCUGCAUAUUUCUAUGUUCAAAAAACAAAAGGUAAAAACACAGAGAUCGACAGAGGACAAAAAACAUCUCAGAGGAUGCAGAAUUAAAAAGAACAAAUUGCCACUUGAGGACCAAAGGGAAAAUAAACCUUUUCUCGCAAAUCCACCAGCGUGGAGUCACCUCACCUGUACCUUCGGAUUAAAGAGCAAGGUCAUGUCCCAGUUGCCAUGCGCAUCGCCACGCUGACCUGCCUUUCCGGCCCUUCCCCCUUCCUCUUUCUAUUGGCCCAGCUGCUACUGCGGCUCCUCCUCCCCGGGCCGGAGUUGGUGGGAGCCACCUCCUCCUGCCCCUCCCUCUGCACCUGCUCCAACCAGGCCAGCCGAGUCAUCUGCACCAGGCAAAACUUGGAGGAGGUGCCCGAAAGCAUAUCAGUCAACACGCGAUACCUCAACCUGCAGGAGAACUCCAUACAGGUUAUCAAGUCAGACACUUUCAAGCACUUGAGGCACCUUGAGAUCCUCCAGCUCUCCAAGAAUCAGAUCCGUCAGAUUGAAGUAGGCGCAUUUAAUGGCCUCCCCAACCUCAACACACUGGAGCUGUUCGACAACCGCCUCACGCUGGUGCCAUCACAUGCCUUUGAGUACCUCAGCAAGCUACGAGAGCUGUGGCUGCGCAACAACCCCAUUGAGACUCUGCCGGGCUAUGCCUUCCACCGUGUGCCCUCGCUACGUCGCCUGGAUCUGGGUGAGCUCAAGAAGUUGGAUUUCAUCUCUGAUGCAGCCUUUGUGGGCCUGGUCAAUCUACGAUACCUGAACCUGGGCAUGUGUGGGCUGAAAGACAUUCCCAAACUGACAGCUCUUGUGCGUUUGGAGGAGCUGGAGCUGUCAGGAAACCGGCUGGAGAUCAUCCGACCUGGUUCCUUUCAGGGCCUGGUGUCUCUCCGCAAGCUGUGGCUCAUGCACUCACAGGUGUCCGUCAUUGAGCGCAAUGCCUUUGAUGACCUGAAAAACCUUGAAGAGCUCAACCUGUCCCAUAAUUCCCUGCACUCCUUGCCCCAUGACCUCUUCACACCCCUUCACCAGCUGGAGAGGGUACACCUUAACCACAACCCCUGGAUCUGCAACUGUGAUGUGCUUUGGCUGAGCUGGUGGUUGAAAGAGACGGUGCCCAGCAACACCACCUGCUGUGCCCGCUGCCAUGCUCCCCCAUUCUUAAAGGGCAAAUAUAUUGGAGAGCUUGACCAGAGCCACUUCACCUGCUAUGCGCCUGUCAUUGUCGAGCCACCUACCGACCUCAAUGUCACUGAGGGUAUGGCUGCUGAGCUCAAGUGUCGCACAAGCACCUCCACAACAUCUGUCAACUGGAUCACCCCUAAUGGCACUUUAAUGACCCAUGGCUCUUACCGGGUGCGGAUAUCUGUCCUGCAUGAUGGCACACUCAACUUCACGAAUGUCACUCUGCGUGACACUGGCCAGUACACCUGCAUGGUCACCAAUGCUGCUGGCAAUACCACAGCAACUGCUGUCCUCAAUGUCACUGCUGCUGAUGCCAGUGUCAACUACACCUACUUUACAACAGUUACUGUGGAAACAGUGGAGAACCCAGGAGAGUCUGCAUUGGUAGACAUCAAUGAGACCUUCAUCCGUGUUCACCCAGGCCCCACUCCCUCGGGCCACCUGUGGCCAGAAGGUCUUCCUACCACAGCCUCCUCUCUGUCAGCUGGCUGGUCCUCCUCGUCUCCUCGGGCCACCCGACCCACCUUCACUGUGCCCAUCACUGAGCCAGGCUUCUCAGGCCUGGAUGAUGUGAUGAAGACCACCAAGAUCAUCAUUGGCUGCUUCGUAGCCAUUACCUUUAUGGCAGCGGUGAUGCUGGUGGUCUUCUACAAGCUGAGGAAGCAGCAUCAGUUGCAUAAACACCACGGCCCUGCUCGUGCCAUUGAGAUCAUCAAUGUUGAGGAUGAGCUGGGGGCCGGAGCUAGUGGUCGGGGCAGCGGCAUCUCAGGAGGCUCCACCAUGACGCAGAGCGGAAGCAGUGGGAUAGGAGGAGGCCAGAGCCUCAGACUGCACCACCCAGAGAUGGUCAACUUGCCUAACCUGGCUCGAUCGGAGCACCUCAACCACUACUACAAAACCCAUCACUUCAACAACAACAUGAUGGGCCUGGGCAUGGGCACAGGUUCUGGUGUGGGCCUCAACAACAACAACAACCCCUCGCCUUGCUCUCAGUCUCAAAACACGUCCAUAUCCUGUUCCCAGAUUCCAACCUCCAACAGUGGAGGAACGCCCACAGGUGGCACCCUGCCCUCCCCUGUGCCCCUGCCCCAGUUGGGUCUCCACAAUUCUCUGAAAGGCCUUAUGGGGAAAAGCCAGAAUGAGCCCCUGCUAUUUAAGAGUGGCUCCAAGGAAAAUGUGCAAGAGACUCAAAUUUGAGUAAAAGUGAGGGUGGAAGUAAGGUAAGAAAGAAGAGAUGCUGGAUAAAGACAGUGAGACAGAUAGAGCCUGUGAGACCGAGUAUAUGAGACUGAUUGUAGCCUACUGUCCUCAUGGACAGAUUCCAGAAAAGAUUAUAUGUCACUGCUUUGUGUUGUCAGUCUGUUGACAGAAAAAAGCAGAUAGAAAGACUGAAGGAGACAGAGUAUGAUAUCUGAUUAGCUCUAGUCCCACCAAUAGCAUCUGCACAUACUGUUCAACUAAUUUAGACACAAACAUAUAUGAUGUAAACUGCAAACACCAGAAUCAUUCAGUUAUUUGUGCAACCUGCUAUAGUCUUUGCCAAAGUCCAAGAUCAAGCAAACUCUUUUCGUUUGUGUCCACAGUCACAGUGGAAAGCUAUGAAUAAUACACAUGUGCAAUGAGCCUCUCCAGGUUUUAUACAGAUUGCUUAGUAUAUUUCCAGACACAUUCAGUGUAUAUAUUUGGAGGGAGACAUAACAUUGGACAUUGAACAUGUUGUCAGAUUAGUGUUUGGCAGAGACACUGAAAAUCAAACAAUGGUUUGGGUGAGUGGUAUGGUCCCAGGCUUCCAGGAAGCAUUAAAACAAAACAGAGAAAGCAAAAUUAGAGCAGUGCAGCGAUUCUGUCCAGGACACCAGUAUCAGACUAGUACUUUGCAGGGAGACAGUACAACAAUUGUUUGUUCAGAGUGGUUUCACUCUCACUUUCUCACUUUCCCUUUUACACCUUACUGGCUACUGUCUUCUUUGGAGCAGGAGAGAAACAGAGUGGUUUAUCAUGGGAGAAGAAAAACCUCAUGGCAUAAAGGACAAUGAGAGAUAUUAAAAGGACUGAAAGUACAUAUUAUAUAUAACGUAAAUAUAUUUUCAUUCAAAGAAAUAAAUUAUAAAGAAUCUUUAUCAAGCCUCUGACUGAAAACUACAACGUCUGAAGAAUAUAUAAAAAAAAAAAAUACACAGAGCUGUUGUAGUGGUGGCCCUCCCUUACAACUUUUCCAAACUUGGAAGAAGAUGGCCGCUCCAAUUGUGCAGCAUAAAGACACAUGAGGGAGAGUGUCAUACGUUGAGAGGGAGCUAAAACAAAAACCUGGCAAAGUGUUUGAGUGAAUUUAUUUUGGUCUUGACUUUUUUGUAGCCACACAAAGUGUUUUCCCUCUUCUGUCGCAUUCACUUGAACAGGGUCAUUGGAGAAGGGAGAUCUUUACGCUCUACUGCGAAAAUAUGAAUACAACUACAGCUCUUCAUCAUUUAGUAUACAGUAUAGCUAUAGUAUUGAUAAUAAUGAUCAUAAUGGUAAUAAUGAUAACAAGCUUUAGCUUUAUUUGUCAUAAUGAUUAUUAAGUGAUCAACAAUAUGUUCAAUAUUUUAUUGUACAUGUUACUCAAAAAGGUGCACAUGCUAAUUUAGCAUGCUCUGUAAAAACAAAUUCUAGAUUUGUUCAACAUUCGGUUACAUAUUAUGUAAGAUUUAUCACAAUGAUGAUAUGACAUAUUAUUGUUAGGUUAUCAUUAUUAUUAUUCAUAUGAGGAUUAUUAUUACUACUUGUGCCUACAAAUAGCUGAGAAGUACUUUUUUCCCCCAUUUGUAUAUGACACUGAAGUUGUUUUAUGACUGAUCCUGUUGGGCUUCGGCUAAUCAACGGCAGUGGGACGGACUCAGCGUGCCACUAAGUGAACUCCACAUGCAUCAGCAGGAAAUAACCUGGCCCUCAAAAUGGCUUCCUCAGUCCAGCCUUCACUGACUCGUCUGCUCUGAUGUCUCAAGCAGUCAGGACCCCUCAUGUUGUCACGCAUUAAAGACAGGACAUGAACCUUUGAUGAAGACUGCUCCUUUGCAGGGGAUUUCACAACUGUAUCUCAAUGUUAUCGUGUAUGAGUGGAUUUCAAGGCAGCAGGGAGCUAAAUGGACGACAGGCAUUGCCAAGCAUUUUUAAAGGUAAGCGAAGCUUGUUCAGUGAAGGAGAAGGUAACAUACAGUACAGUAUACAGUGGUGAGUGAAUUUUUUUCUAAAGAAAAAGGACAAUUAAAUGAAAAAAUGUAGAACCUUAUAGAUCUCUUUUAAAAAACAAAAUUAUUAUGAUAAGUGUUUUUCAUUUUGGGAUUUUAUCUAGUUUGAUUAUUUUCUGUUUUUUUAAAUCAAGUGUUAUCUUUAUUGUAAUAUUGUUAUUGUUAUUAUAAUUAGCUAAUUACACUGGUUAUAAUUAUGAGAGAUGUUCUGUUAGCAGAGGUCACUUUGAAAAUUAAAAAAACCUGGCACAUAAAAUGGCA